CACACUAAGGAGGCUGGCACCCACCUCCACCACCCAUGCCCACUUUCACUCCACACCCACUGGCCUAGUGCCCUACCGUGCCCACCCAGCGCCCAGUGCCCACCCACCGGCCCGCGCCACCCAGCGCCCCGCGCCCACAACGAUGCUUGCUACAAUAGCCUGGUGAACAUUGGUUCAAGUUUCAUCACAGCGGAUAUUGUUGUCAUGUGCAGUGCCAGAGAGGAGGAGGAGGGAGGUGGCAUUGGCCCCGUGUAUGUUCAGAGGGCCACUGGGAGGUGGCACCAGCCCCCGUGUGUGUUGUGAGGGCCACUGGGAGGUGGCACCAGCCCCCGUGUGUGUUGUGAGGGCCACUGGGAGGUGGCACCAGCCCCCGUGUGUGUUGUGAGGGCCACUGGGAGGUGGCACCAGCCCCCGUGUGUGUUGUGAGGGCCACUGGGAGGUGGCACUGGCCCCGUGUGUGUUGUGAGGGCCACUGGGAGGUGGCACUGGCCCCGUGUGUGUUGUGAGGGCCACUGGGAGGUGGCACUGGCCCCGUGUGUGUUGUGAGGGCCACUGGGAGGUGGCACUGGCCCCCGUGUGUGUUGUGAGGGCCACUGGGAGGUGGCACUGGCCCCCGUGUGUGUUGUGAGGGCCACUGGGAGGUGGCACCAGCCCCCGUGUGUGUUGUGAGGGCCACUGGGAGGUGGCACUGGCCCCGUGUAUGUUCUGAGGGCCACUGGGAGGUGGCACUGGCCCCGUGUGUGUUGUGAGGGCCACUGGGAGGUGGCACUGGCCCCGUGUGUGUUGUGAGGGCCACUGGGAGGUGGCACUGGCCCCCGUGUGUGUUGUGAGGGCCACUGGGAGGUGGCACUGGCCCCGUGUGUGUUGUGAGGGCCACUGGGAGGUGGCACCGUGCCGGAGGAGUGCCACCCAGCAUCCUAGUAAACUUGAGGGACUUUCAGGAAGAGAUGAGAGACGCAGCCAGCCGGCAUAGUGACCGGAAGGACCUCCUACCUCUACCAUCAGCCACUAAGGCUCUCCUAGGAGCUGCGACAGCGCCACUGAGCACAAGACCGACCUAGAAAUCUGUAACCAUUCUCUACUACCUCUCCAAGACCUAGAAAACUCCAAGAAUUGUCUAAGAUCCUCGAAGAACCUACUAGAAUCAAGAAGAACCAGCUAGGAACCUACGAGAACCUGCUAGAAGCCUACAAGAAGCUGCUAGGAACCUAAAGGAACUUGCUAGGAACCUGCAACAACCUGCUAGGAACCUCUAGGAAGCUUCUAGGAUUCUCGUCCACCGCUGUGCAUCCUCCCUACACCAACAGACCUCGGCGCUGACGAUGGCCACCUGGACCACACGACCAGCUGUGAGGGGUACAGACGCCAACUGCUGGGAGCCGACGCCGCCUCCUAGCUCUCCUCUAGCUCCUAGCUGCACCCCCAGCACCCCUCCAAUGUCCCCUCACUCCCCCUGGGACGACCUUCCUCCCUCCCAGGAGGUCACUGACUCCGACCUUGAUGAUAUGGAUGAUAGCGGCUUCUAUGAUUGGAUGGAGUCCCAGAUGGCGGCCACGGGUGAGAUGUCAGUGGUAGAGCGACUCAAGUACCUGCUGGACACUGGGCAGUUCGCCGACGUCAACAUCAGGGUGGGACAGGGCAACAACGCCACUGUCUUCAAGGCGCACCGUCUUCUGCUGGCAACGGCGAGUCAACCGCUGUACCGCCUAGUGUACCAGGUGUGUCCCUCUCCGGGGCCCAACGACGUCACUACCAUCAGAGUCACUGACAUGACCCCACAGGACUUCGAGUACAUCCUCAAAUACAUCUACACUGACCAGAUAGACUGUAAGAACAUCAGCGUGGCCUUCGAACUGCUCCGAGCGAGCAGGAAAUGGGGGCUUGCCGGCCUGGGGAUAAAAUCUUUAACAUAUCUUGAAGAAUUCGUCGACAACUUCGAACCUACAAACGAGGAGAAGAAAACGAACCUCUUCGAUCUCCUGGUGCUGUCGGAGGAGACGCUGAACGAAAUGAGCGAGAAGUGCUGGCAGAUCUUGACCAAGCAUGCCAAUACUAUCAUCCCGUGUGAAGGGUUCCUUAACUUGAACCAGCCUAUGGUCAAGAAGGUGAUCUGCCACAAGGAUAUAAAGUUCGAAAACCAGCUGAAGCUGUUCGAAGCGAUCAGAGACUGGGGUCUGCGAUACAUAGAGAAACAUAACCUGAAGAUGAUGCAGUUGGGAACGGUAGUCGAGGAGCUCAUCAAGGUCAUCGACUUCGAGAGAAUCACCGACGCAGACUUCAUCAACACCGUUCUCACCUCGGAGUGUCUGGGCAAAGCUGAGGUCAUCGCGUUCUUCAUGACUCACGGCCUCGAGAUCCCCAGGAACCUCGACUUCAACAAUAACAAACAGAUCUGCUCCCUGACGCAGAACGGGUCGCUCUUGGAGUUCCGGAAGGUGUGUCGCUUCCGGAAAGGCUACAGGUGCCCCCAGAAAGAGAUCUACCAGGAGCACGAGGUGAGGUUCCGGGUGGACAAGAACAUCCGGUUGCUGGGUGUUGGCUUCGGCUUCCUCUUCAGCUGUACGGACAUGGGCAUCAACGUCCACUGCCAGGGACCCUGGGAGACCCACCAGUGGUCCGACAUCACACAGUCGUACUGCAGAGUUUCCGGGGAGAAGCAGGAGACUGCGGACGUGAGGCUCAUGUUUCUUCAUCCGGUGAGGAUAAUCGCCAACCAGAGCUAUAAGGUUGUGGUGAAGACGGUACGGAUGAGCUCCGGCAGCUCUGAAGUGGAGUUGUGGGGUGGGACUGGCGGGUUGUACUGUGUGGAGACGGAAGACGCAGAGUUCCACUUCAUCAAGGCUGCGGUGGACCCCAGCAAGAGUGUGGAGGAGAGUGACGGUGACACGGCGCCCAGCGUCAUCACUGAGCUCCUCUACCAGAUGGACACGGGCGAGGAAGACCCGUCUGCUGCCGUGUCUACCACACAUCGGAAGCCUCAUGUCCAGGAGGAUCAGUGUGAGGAGACAUCUCAACGUCGGCGCCGCCCGCAGGAGCAAGACCAGGAGACGCAGCCGGCGGUCCAGACCAACCCCUGGCGCAGGCGUCACAGACCAGAAGUCUCGCUCAAGAUCCGCAAGAGGUCUCCCCCGGCAGAUGACCAGAAGACCCCAGAGGCGCCACCGCCCUGUAGGAGACGCGAGAGCAACGACUUUACCUCCAGAAGGCCGUCGACGGAGGAGUACAAACCGGACAGCUUCUCCACUAACAGGUGGAGAACCAGGAGCAGAGACACAACAGAACCAGAGUACAAAAAGUCUCCGGUGGAGGAGUACAAACCAACCAGCUUCUCUACCAACAGGUGGCUCACUAGGCCUAAAGCAGACAAGAGUGAGUCUGAUGGCUCUUCUUACAAGAGUCAGAAAAAGACGGAGGAAUACAAACCAGAGAGCUUCUCUACUAACAGGUGGAGAACCAAGAGCAGGGACGAGGACACUGCUAAAAAAACAGUAGAUUCUUCUCCCUACAGCAGCCGGAAAACGUCGACGGAGAGCACACAGGAGACCAACAGGUGGCGAACCAGCUCACGAGAGGAGACCAAAGAGACGCCGUUCGGAGCCCGCAGGUUCUCCAAGUCUGACGACAGUGCCGGUUCGCACCCAUUCAUGAGAAGACGCGAGUCAAAGGAUGCCGCGUCAGACGUGCCCUUCUACCUACGACCACGACCCUCCCAGUCCCAGGAGACGACGACGACGACGACAAGUGCCCUCGGCAGGAGCAGAUGGGCCGCCACUACCACCAUCCCGGCCAAGGAGGACAAGCCCGCUGAGACGACUACAAUUCGCAGCAGAUUCUUAAAAUCUACUGACGGUCUCGGCUCGUCUUCCGUGCGCUCCAGCGGCUCCGACAGUCUCUCUUCCCGGUAUGGCACGACCAGAGACUCCUCCUUGGCCAGAACACGCGAGACUUCACUCUCCCGGUACGGUGGCUCCGCCCGCAGCAGUUACCUAAGUAGCAGGUAUGACCCCUAUACUCCAGCAGGAGGAUCAGAGUCCAGUAGCUCUAGCAGUAUUAGUGCCAGGUACAGCUCCUCGUCGGCUCCUCCCGGUGGGUUCUCUUCAGCAGGAAGUGGCGUCUCCGGAAGGUAUGGCGACUCUUCUGCCACUAGAAGUGGCGUAAGUGACUCCUCUAGUAAGUACAGCUCCUCUUCCGCCAUCACCGCUGGGCUGGGAACUGGCGUUGGCAGCAGCAGCAGCAGGCACACCUCGCCAGCACCUGCUAGAAGACCGAUCAGGUACGGUAGUUCCCCUACAGGGUCUGCUGGUAGCCUGGCUGCCCUCAGUCGCAGGUACAGUGUUUCUUCUGCCACUGGGUCUGGGAGCACCUUAAGUGGUACAACGGCCAGCAGGUUUGGUACAUCAGGUUCUCUCGGUUCUAAUCCCACUUCGAGCAGUUCUGGCUCCAGGUAUGGUUCGCUGUCCUCUACCAGCGGGUCUGGUGUGUAUGGCGCGUCCACUUCUACAGUCGGGUCUGGUAGCACGCUGAGUAGUAGGUACAGUUCUUCUGAUAGGUACGGAUCUCCUGGACCCUCGAGUGGUUCUGGCAAGUAUGGUCUUGCUGACCCUGCUGGGAGUUCUACUGGUUCAUACAGUGGGAGAUAUGGUUCUUCUUCCUCUACUGGUGACUCUGGCAACACACUGAGUAGCAGGUACGGCACCUCUGCCUCCACAGGCAGGUACAGUUCUCCAACUCCUAGUGGGAGUUCAUCUCGUACUAGUACCUCUGGCUUAGGAACCAGUUACAGUUCUCGGACUUCUAGUGGCGUGGGCGCCAGGUACGGUUCUGGCAGCACGCUAAGUGGCAUUAGCAGUAGGUAUUUGUCGUCGUCGACAGGUACAGGAGACUGUGACAUGUGUACCGCUGGCCAAAAGAGUAGGUACAAUACUGCCCGUGGUACUUCUCCCAGCACCACCAGUGCCAGUAGCAGGUACAGUACCUCAUCCACUGACAACAGAAGGACUAGUGAUGGUGGGGUUGGUAAGGACACGUAGGGGCUUCCUGACGGCAAUGUAUCAUACACUUUGUUCGUUAAUACAUCAUAAUUAUGGACUACCACAACAGGCACUUGUUGGCCUAUAUUAGGUGGACCCCCCGUUUAAAUCUACCUUUCCUCACCUGUGUUAUAAUCACUGGUAAAUGUAAUCCCUUUCUCUUUGUACAAAGGGUUUCAAUAAUAAUCAACUUGACGCGGCUCUCACCCACUUUUUUCUACCAUACAGACAAAAGCACAAUGUUUUUAGUAUUUGUUAUUGAAUCUGAUUUUCCUGGCCAUAUAAAGAUUGUACAGGAAUAGUUGACGCGCCAAUUUAACAUUUAAAUCUGAUAGUUUAUCGAUCCCAAAUGUAACUUCAUUAUUCCGUGCGUUCGUAACUGUGCAUUCUAAUUUGUUACGCUCGAGUAUUGCGAAGUUCGCCUUGUGUUCGUUCGUGGUCUGUUGUGAUGCUGCUCCAAGCUGCCAGAUGAUACAAGAAUAUUCACACCGAUUGUUUUUAACAUUCAGGUGUGAAUGUUAAAAACAGGAUUAGCAUGUGUAAACUCCGUCCCUGUUGUUCCUCCUCACUCAAGCUCCAAUGUUAAUCUCUGUGGAUAAUGAUGUUAAAAACAUUAUCUCAGAUCGGUUAUGGUGAGAGUAGCGUCCACAAUACUCUGUUUUCUAUUACACUUUCACCGUAUCUUUAUGGGUGACUGAUAUUUCCUGAUAUUAUAUGAACAUUUGCAUUUCUCGUAGGGUGGCAACGAAUGGGAAACAGCUUAUGGGACUUUGUGUAGUUGUAUUCCGGUGACGUGAGAGACACGUGAUACAGACGUGACAGACACAUGAUACAGACGUGAGACACGUGAUACAGACGUGACAGACACAUGAUACAGACGUGACAGACACGUGAUACAGACGUGACAGACACAUAUACAGACGUGACAGACAUAAGUGAUACAGACGCCACCACAACAUGUCACUAAAGACUCGCCUAUAAGACAGACAGUAACAUUAACUUGUUACUAAAACACAUCAACCCGUGCAAGGUUGAUGUAGACCAGAUGAUAUCUUUAUAAACUUGAUGCACAGGCUUUGGCGAUUACAGGAUCUAUAUAUUAAUUAUUUACUAUGUAGUCUUUGUCAGUGGCAUUAUAUAUCUAUACACAGUGAUAGAUUAUAGAUGCUAGGUUGUGCCCAGCUGCCCACAGUGUUGGCCAGUGUAUUUUCAUUACUGCAGAGAAUGUCACAACAACGUAAUUGAAAAUUGACACAACCUACACACAUGAAGUCAAAGGAAAGUGACGACGCUUCGGUCCGUCCUGGGGCUAGAUUCACGAAGCAGUUACGUAAGUACUUACGAACGUAUACAUCUUUCCUCAAUUUUUUAUGGCUUUGGUUACAUUUAUUAAACAGUU